UUACGAUGUUUGGCAAAUGCCAGAAAAAGAGGAAGAAGAAGGGGCUAGCAGCGGAAGUUCACGGGUUAGGUAACUCAUUUUUGAUUUUACGGCUUUUAUGAGGAAAAUGAGCGGUGCUGCGACACGCUGAAACUAACUGGGACGUGAAGCAGCACUGUGUAAAGGUAGGUUCGACAGAACUGACAAUACUUUGUUAUGAAAUCACGAGCUUGGGCCACGUGUAACGACAUUAGCGAAGCAGGGGGCUAACGAUUGAUAGAAACUAGGUGAAAGUGGUGAAUAUGUGUUCAAACUACCCCACACCUAUUUACUCUCACGCUGGAAGAGGGAACUUUGGGGAGGUUUACGAGCCGUCGGAGGAUUCGUUCCUUUUGAUAGAAGCGCUGGAGAAAGAUGCAGAGACGCUGCAGCGGAUGAGCCCAUCCGUGUGCCUGGAGGUUGGCAGUGGCUCUGGAGUGGUGUCUGCAUUUUUGGCGUCAGUGGUUGGACCUUCAGCUUUAUAUCUUUGCACUGAUGUGAAUCCUGCAGCCGCAGAGUGCACAGCCAUGACGGCUUCUUGUAAUAGUGUUUCACUGCAGCCUGUUAUCACAGACCUGGUGGAGUGCCUUCUACCCCAGCUGACCGGAAAAGUUGAAGUGCUGCUUUUUAACCCUCCCUAUGUAGUGACGCCUUCAGAAGAGGUUGGCAGCAGAGGCAUACAGGCUGCCUGGGCUGGUGGGAAGCGGGGACGAGAAGUAAUGGACAGAUUUCUGCCUGUGGUAUGCAAGUUACUGGCCAGUAAAGGAUUGUUUUACCUCAUUACCAUUGCAGAGAAUGAUCCAGCGGAGAUCAUCUGUUUAAUGGGCAAAUAUGGCUUCAGGGGAGAGUUGCGCUUGGCUGCAAGAGCUGGAAAUGAGCGACUCUCUGUCCUCCGCUUCCACAGGAACCAACAAGCAUGAACAUAUCAAGGUUUUCAAAGGGUCAAGAGAGCUCCAGUGCCUGAUGCAGACGUACACCCCCAAAACAUCAGCAACCCUACCACCAUGUUUGACUAUGGGAAUGAUGUUCCUCUCCUUGUAGGCAGUUUUUUCUGAUAUAUAUAAUUCAGCUUUGGCCUCAGACUGCAUAAUCUUGCUCCUUAGCAAACUCCAAACAUGCUACGUUAUGUUAAGUAAGCAAUGGAUUCCUGUGUGCUUUUCUUACUAAACGAUUGAGACUUG